CUAAAACCUGAUCCACAAAUAUCACAAAUUUUGGAGGAGUAUAAAUUGCGCAUUCAACUGGAUAAAAGGCUCAAUUCCGAAGAAAAAAAUCUCUGUCUCGAGUUUUUAAAUUUAGCAUUUAAUGAAGCGAUUAAAUCUAUUUCUAUGGAGAGUGUAUUAAAAGUUCUGAAUGAAUUGGACAAGCAAUUUGAAAGUAUGACAAUGCAAGAGAUUGAAUUAGUUAUUCAGCAAUAUAAAUUUAAACUCAAUUCUCGAGAAAUAGAACUUUGCCUUGGAUUUUAUGAAUACAAUAAAAAAGCUAUUGAAUACAACAAAAAAUUAUGUCCCAGAUGUAAUAGUAGUGUGUUUUAUGUUGAUGAAAUUGGCAACGAAAAUUGUGCGUGCCUACAAAAUGACUUGGCCAAUGUUCUCAAAAGAAAUACUGGUAAUGAACUUCUUGAUACUCUUAUUAUGAGAUGUCAAAUUAAUCAAGCCAACAGAUCGACAAAGAAUAUAAUUGAAUGGGUACCUUAUGAAAAUUUCGACAAUAUUGAACUCAUAUCGGAUGGUAAAUAUGGAGCCAUAUAUUUCGCAACUUGGUUAGAUGGACCGAUUAUCAACUGGGAUAGAGACCAAAAAUUUAUGAGAGUUGGUCCCAGAAAGAUUGCUUUGAAAUUAUUGAAGAAGUCAGAUGAUCCAAGCGAAGAAUUUUUAGAAGAGAUGCAGGCAUUUGGUAAAUAUAUUGAAUACAAUGAUAUUUUCCUUGCCAGAGAGAUUUGUAAUGGAAUGCGCCCACCAAUGAUUAAAGGAAUUCCAUAUGGGUACCAAGAAAUUAUGAGAAGAUGUUGGGAUGCCGAUCCUUUAAAAAGGCCAAAUGCGCAAGGAAUUUUUCAUUAUUUUGAUACAAAGCUCAAAAAAUUACUUUCUGAAGAAUACACAAUUCCAAAAUUAAAAACACCUAGAAAUUUGCAAACACAUAAGCCAAGUUCAAGCAUCAUUUAUUAUUUUGGUGAUUUAUCUAAACCUAGGAAUGAAAAAAAUCAUGAAAUUGUCAAAUACAGUGAGAUGUGUGAUGGUCUACUAAUGAUAUUGCCCACACAAAUGGAUGAUUCACAAACUUUAGAAUCGGAGAAUUAUAAAGGUAGUUUUUUUUUCAAAUAUCGUAAAAUCAGAGAGAUGGAUGUUAAUUUACUAAUAAUAUUGUCUACACAAAUGAAUGAUGAUUCACAAAUUUUAGAAUCAGUGAAUAAUGAAGGUAUUUCUUCUUUUCAAAAAUAUAGUGAAAUCAGAGAGAUAGACGAUAAUUUACUAAUACUGUAA